AUGGAUGCCAUCAAGGAUUUGGCCGAUGAAGAUGAAGCUGGCUGGGAAGAUCAACGCCGUGCUCACCAGGAUAUUCAAGCACGUGUGCAAGGGCAGCGUGGUUGCGUGGUGGUGCCCUACCCAGAUCUGCGUGCUGGUCAGCAAAUAACACACGGUUGUGCUGCAAACGCAGAAUACGAGGCGCAUCUGGCCAAUGAGGAGGAGAAUGUGUAUCACCCUUUUGCAUCCAAGAUGGAAUGGGAGGUCGCCAGAUGGGCCAAGCUUCGUGGUCUGAGUUCGACGGCAUUGUCAGAUUUGCUUGCAAUCGAGGGGAUCAGUGAACGCUUAUCACUCUCGUUCAAGAAUGCGAAUGAGCUGAACGCUAUUGUCGACCAUGGGCUUCCGACUGGCCGUCCUAAGUUCAAACGUGAGCAGAUCGUGGUCGCUGGAGAAGCGUUUGACAUCUAUUAUCGCGACGUCAUCGAAUGUGUCAAGUCGUUGUAUGGUGAUCCGGACUUUGCCAAAUAUCUAGCAUUUGCGCCUGAGCGGCAUUAUUCUGAUGAAGACGAGACGAUUCGUCUCUUUCAUGAUAUGCACACCGGCAAAUGGUGGUGGGAUACACAGAAAAAACUCGACAAGGAUAAUCCAGGCGGCACCAUCAUUCCCAUCAUUAUCUCGUCCGACAAAACACAAGUCACAUUGUUCCGCAACAAGUCCGUCUAUCCUGUGUAUCUCACCAUUGGCAACAUCCCGAAGGAAAUACGACGCAAGCCUUCGCGUGGGGCACAUAUACUUCUAGCUUAUUUACCUUGUACACGCCUUCAGCAUAUCACCAACAAAGCUUCACGCCGCCGGACUUUGGCAAACCUUUAUCACGCAUGCUUGCGUCGUGUUCUCGCUCCGCUGAAGUCCAUAGGAGUAGAUGGACUUCGUAUGGCUAGUGGGGAUGGUGCCCUCCGCCGUUGCCACCCAUUAUUUGCCAGCUUUGUGGGUGACUACCCAGAACAGCUUCUUGUGACUGGGAUCAAGUUUGGAGAGUGCCCAAAAUGCGACGUGGACGCGGACGACACGGGUAGCAACACGGCUCCUUUUCAUCUACGGAAUCUAACCAAGGUGCUAGAUGCCCUCGCUGCCCUUGACGAAGGGAAUCUAUCAUUUGUACGUGCUUGCGCGGCAGCAGGCAUCAAGCCCAUUGUCCAUCCUUUCUGGGAAGAUCUCCCAUUCACCAACAUAUUCCGUGCAAUCACACCAGACGUGUUACAUCAAUUAUAUCAAGGCUUGAUAAAGCAUCUCUUAGGUUGGUUAUCAGCCGCGUGCGGAGGAGCCGAAAUUGACGCUCGGUGUCGCCGUCUUCCUCCCAAUCACCAUAUACAUUUGUUCAGCAAGGGUAUCACCUGCUUGUCGCGUAUAAGCGGAACUGAACACGCUCAAAUCUGCCGUUUUCUCCUUGGCAUCGUCAUCGGCAUCCGUUUGCCCAAUAAUCUAAAUGCGGGCCGUCUUCUACGAGCAGUGCAAGGCCUACUGGACUUCCUCUAUCUUGCUCAAUAUCCAUGUCAUAGCUUGGAGUCACUACAGCUCCUGGAUGACGCACUCGACCUUUUCCACAAGAAUAAGGAUAUCUUCAUUGACCUCGGUAUCCGUUCUAAUUUCAAUUUACCUAAACUGCAUGCCGCUCGCCACUAUUCUGCCAUGAUUAUGAUGUUUGGUACGACGGACAACUAUAACACUGAGUAUACCGAACGACUUCACAUCGAUUUCGCGAAGGACGCUUACCGUGCUACAAAUCACAAAGAUGAAUUUGUGCAGAUGACGCGGUGGCUCGAGCGCAAGGAGAAGAUUAUGCGCCAUGACAAGUAUAUCAACUGGCGAUGUGCUGGUGCCGAAGAGACUAUGCCUUACCAUUCGCGCCCCCCCAAUAUGACUUUUCGUCGGCUUCAAUCUGUUUCAAAGCACCCUACUGCAAAGGCCGUCAGUAUAGACAAGCUCAUCGAAGAUUACGGUGCUACCUAUUUCCGUGAAGCGCUUGCACGCUAUAUCACUCAACUCAAUCAUGCCAGUGAUCCUAUCCCCCUCCGUAGUCAAACACUGGAUGUGUUAGCGCAGGACGUCCAUUUCCCAUUCCGAACUCUCCCCGUUUUUCACAGGGUAAAGUGGCUCUCAGUAGACGCUCGUGGUCACGGUGAUGCAACAGCCACGUUGGACUCUGUACAUGCCAGACCACAAUGCAACUCAGGGUCGAGUCUGCGGCCUCGCCGUUCAGAUACUGCUCUGGUGAGUAUUUCUGGGAAUCCAGAUGUUGUUAGUAUAGAAGGAGUCCGCGUUGGGCAAGUGCGAGUCAUUUUCUCGUUACCCUCAAAAUCAGUUCCACUCCUGUUUUCGCCAACAGUCAAGGUUCCCACUCACUUCGCUUACAUCGAAUGGUUUGAACCAUUCACUUCGGUUCCCGAUCGACAUCACGGACUUUACAAGCUCUCGCGAUCAUUGCGCGGUGGUGAAAAAGUAGCAAGUAUCGUGCCAUUGGCCAAUAUUGUGCGUAGUGUCCAUCUGAUGCCGAAUUUUGGAGCUGUUGUCCCGCGAGAGUGGACGAGUGAUACGGUUCUCGAUAAUUGUAAUACUUUUUGGUUGAAUUCAUACAUAGAUAGAUAUACUUUUUCUUUAUUCAAAUGAUUAUCGAGAAUCUCAUUGUGCUUUAUCGUCUUUCAGCUAGUUUUAUCUUAAUACUUGUAAUUACAUAGAAUUCUCUGAAUUACAUCGUUUUAUCAAAA